AAAUCUGAUGUUCAUCAUGUUUUCACUACUUACAAAACAAUGAUCGAAAAUUACUUUCAUACCUCGAUUCAGCGUAUUUACAGUGAUGGUGGUGGUGAAUUCCAGAAACUAUGUUCUUUCCUCCAAACACAUGGCAUUACUCACCUGUUACCUCCUCCACAUACCCCUCAGCACAAUGGCCUUGCCGAACGCAAACAUAGACACAUAGUCAAACCGAUCUAGCCCUUUUGCAUACUGCCAACCUCCCACUUCGUUACUGGUCUCAUGCUUUUAAAACUGCUACCUAUCUCAUCAAUCGCCUUCCCUCCUCUUCUCUCUGUGGCACCUCUCCAUUCUAUGCCUUGUUUAAUGAAACUCCGAACUAUUUCAAACUGCGGGUGUUCGGUUGUUUAUGUUACCCAUGGCUACGCCCCGACUCUGCCCACAAAUUAGAACCUUGCUCCUGUCGCUGCAUCUUCUUGGGUUACUCCGUCCCUCAAAGCGCCUAUCAUUGUUAUGGUCCCAUUACCCAUCGCAUCUACACGUCUCGCCAUGUACAGUUCGACGAGACAGUUUUUCCUAGCCUAUCUUCCCCGUCGGAUCCUUCCUAUGAUCCGCCAACCUGGAUUGCCACUACUACUCCCCCUGUCACUAUUUAUUCCCUCUCCCCUUCCCCCACCUUCUCAUUCUUCUGUCCGGCCCAUUCCUCCACUACCCAGCACGUCCGCGUCUCCACAUCACCUCUCCUCCCCAGCGGCUACGCUCCCCAGUGCUUCCUCCUCCCAACAGAAUCAACUACCUCCACCACCGGUUAAGCCUGCUCAUCGCCCCAUCACUCGCAGCCAGCACGGUAUUUUUCGACCCAAGAAACUGUUUCACUCACAAGCUGUUACUCUGCCUAUUGAGACUACCUCAGUCAAGCAAGCUCUUGCUGACCCAAGGUGUAAUGCGGCAAUGAGGGCCGAAAUACAAGCUCUGCUAGCUAAUCACUCAUGGACUCUUGUUCCCCGUCCUCUUGGUUUUAAUAUUGUUGGCUGCAGGUGGAUUUUUCGUAUCAAACAUCACCCCGAUGGUUCUAUUGAACGAUUUAAGGCCCGGUUGGUGGCUAAGGGGUUUUCUCAACGUCCGGGCAUAGACUUUCAUGAUACUUACAGCCCGAUUCUAAAUCCCGUCACCAUUCGCACCGUUUUUUCCAUUGCUUUAUCUCAUCACUGGCCGAUUUUGCAGUUCGACGUCAACAAUGUCUUUCUCCAAGGCUCUUUGCAAGAGACAGUUUAUAUGACCCAGCCCCCCGGUUUCCGUGAUCCGGCGCAUCCAGAUCAUGUUUGUUGUUUGUCCCGACCUAUCUAUUGCCUUCGACAGGCACCUCGUUCAUGGUAUCUUGCGCUCUCCGGGUUUCUUCAAGAAGAGGGAUUUGUCAAGUCCAAAUCAGAUGCCUCCUUGUUCAUUUAUCACAAGGGCACCGUCACAAUAUAUUUUCUGGUUUACGUCGACGAUCUUCUACUUACUGGCAAUGAUGCGCCUGCUCUUGCGCAUUUCUAGGCUCGUUUGGAUGCUCAUUUUUCCCUCAAGUCCCUCGGGUCUGUCCACUAUUUUCUUGGUAUUGAAGUUCUACCGACAUCAAUCGGGUACCUCCUCUCUCAACAAAAGUAUGUCACUAACGUCCUUACCCGGUUUGGCAUGGUUGGCUCCCAUCCUGCCCCAACUCCUCUGUCCUCCGCCGCCAAGCUCUUGCUCGUUGAUGGCUCACCUCCUACUGAUGUGUCUCUAUAUAAACAGGCUGUUGGUUCAUUGCAGUAUCUCCUUUGCACCCGCCCAGAUAUCGCCUUCGUCGUCAACAAGCUCUCGCAAUUCAUGCACGCUCCCACGCAGCUGCAUUGGCAACAUGUUAAGCAUUUGUUUCUCUACUUAAAAGGCACCUCCCAUCUUGGUCUCUGCCUUGCCUCAUCAGCCACUCCGACUCUUGUGGCGUUCGCUGAUUCCGAUUGGGCUGGCAAUCCCAAUGAUCGCACUUCCACUAUGGCCUUUCUCAUCUACUACGGUGGUACUCUUAUUUCUUGGAAAUCAAAGAAACAACGAUCUGUUGCUCGAUCCAGCACUGAGGCAGAGUAUCGAGCUCUAGCACACGCCACGUUGGAGCUUCUAUGGUUACAGAAUCUUCUUCAAGAGCUCCAUCAUCCGGUUUCUACUACUCCAACUAUCUACUGCGACAAUAAGGUGCUGUAAAAUUCUCGGCCAAUCCCAUCCAUCACUCUCGCAUGAAGCAUCUUGCUCUUGAUUACUUGUUUGUCCGGGAUCUUGUACAAACACAGCAGCUUCAAAUUCAGCAUAUUCCCAUUGCCUUCCAGCUCGCGGACUCGCUGACCAAGCCCCUGCCCAUUGCUCGUUUUCAACUUCUUCGGUCCAAGAUUGGUGUCGUACCCGUCAACAUCUUGCGGGGGCGUGAUAAGGAAUCUUCUUAGAUUAAUUGCUUUCCAUUUAUUUAAUGUAAUUAGUGCAGUAGUGGAUGGGUUGUUACCCUCUUUGUAGCUACGUGAGUAGUGGUUCUAUUGUAGAGAUUGGUAUAUUUAAACCAAUCUCCUAAUCAAUACAAACUACCAAUUCCAGCCAAUUACAAUGGAGAAGCCGCUGCAAUACUCUCCAUUCUCCAAUGUCUAUCCUAAAAUCCUCCCUCCCGCAAUCGUCCGCCAUCCAAGCCUUUCUCCACUCUCCCCCCCUCGAUUCCUCCGAAUUUUGUUUGUCCCAAUUCGACAUAAAUCGGGCCGGCAGGAGCUACUAUAAUGGAGGUGCUCGCGAUACUAUUCGUGCCAGAGCACCAGCGUCGAUUGACAGGAAUGGUGUCGCGACGGAAGGUAUGAUGAGGACAACUUCUAUGCUGGACGAGGAAGGAGGGAUUGAUUCCAUUAUGAGGAAUCUGAUUGUGGUGAGCAACGAAAGGGAAUCAGUCAAUUAAAAAACCACAUUGUGGGCUUCGUUUAGUUUAGUGGUGGGAAGAUCUGAAAUGUAGGGUGGGGAUUUUGGGUUUUGGUUUAGGGAUGAUUAAUCUUGAUGCGCAAUGAUGUGGGAGGGAAGGCUAGCGAAGUUGGAUUUGUCUGGGUGUAGUAUAGUUAGGGGUUCUUAGGUUGCGAAAUCUGCAAAUUUGAGAAAGUGAAGAAAAAUUAGAAAUUGAGAGUGAUCUAAAAUUUCAAGACUGGGUAAUUUGGGUUGUUGUUGGAAUCAAUUUACACGUUAGCUAAAAGGAUGCCUUCCCGUAGGAUUGAGGGAUUUUUCCAAUAAUAGCAUCUAUUAAAAAAAAUUACAAAAAUAGCACCCAUCCCACAACAUUUACAAAAAUAGCACCAUUUUUAUCAAACCGUACCUUCAAGGUGCGUUUUAUAAAUAAACCGCACCCUCCAGGUGCGUUUUAGUCCACCUCAGAAUGAAAAUCGCACCUUGGAGGUGCGGUCAGUGUUUGGUGCGCAGCGGCCUUGCGGACCACAGGAUGAAGAAGCAAUCUAGUGGCGGACCGCUUGCCAGGUCAGCGAUCCUUGCCACGGAUCGAAGACCGUUGCGCCGAGGUGCGGUCAAGCAUCGGGGAGCAUAAACCGCCUCGGCAAGGAGCGGUUUUGACUGGGACAAAAUUACCAGACCGCCCCUGGAGGGUGCGGCCUGAUGGAUACAAAUACCCCCCCCCUCUCAUUUUUUCACACCACAACCAUUCUCCACUCUCUCUCUCUCUCUCUAGAAUUAGCUCUCUAACCCCUCCCCUCCCAAAAGUCUAGGAAAUAGUGGUUUGUUGGUUGCGGCUAAGUCCGAUCUGCCAUCAGAAAACAUUUCUUUGGUUUUUUCCUCAAAACCCGUUGAGCCUAGCCGAAUCUCUGUCCGAAUUUCCCAAAAAAAAUGAGUGAUUGGUGGCAAGGAGAGGGAUUUUAUGUUGAUGAAUUUCUAGCGGUACGUACUCAUUAUUCUGGUUUAAUUUUUGUUGUUGUUAUAAGCUUUUUAAUUAAUCUAUGUACUAACCUCGUUGUUAUUUUCUCGUAGGUUGGGGACGACGUGGAUAUAUACAACCAACGGUAUUAUCUCGAGCAAGAACCGUUGGAUCCAACCGAUUUGUACGACCAACCCAACCAUCGGUCAAGGGAUGUUUGGAACGAUCACCCGGUACAUACAAUUCUUCGUCAUUUGUCUUUCCUUUAUUUUGCUAAUGUAUUAAGUGGAUAUAACAUAAAUUUAUGUUGAAUUUUUAAUCGUGCUGGUUGUUUUCAAUAAUUUAAUCGAAUACAUAGCGGCACUUACUUCGACUCUUUAUAAAGAGAUGCACGUCUAAGGAAAUGAGGUUUUAAGCGAUUAUCAUAUCCUCCCAUUCCCUGGGAAAAUCGGGUAUUAAGAGAUCCUCGGAUCUCCCCUUUUUCUGUCAAAAAGACUGUGUUUCUAAGAAGAUGUAUGCCUCUUCUAAGAGUCUAACGAGUGUUGCUCUCUAUUCGAUUAAAUUAUUUAAAACAACCAAUACAAUUAAAUUAUUUACCAAACAACCAAUACGGUUUAUUUUUAUGUGUACAAAAUGAAUUUUAUUAAUUUCA